UUUGUUUAGACACUAAAAGUGCAACUCAUUUAGAUAGAUCAUCCAGAUAAUUUGUUUACUAAACUCAUUUGAAUAAAAAUGAAAAUAAGAUCCAUUUAGAUGAUUCAUUUAGAUGAGCUAUAUGGAUGGACAAACAAACAAUCACAAAAAUCUGAAUGGAUCAUUUGAAUAGAUCAUACAAAUGAAUCAUUUGGAUGAAACGAAAAAUGGUGAAAGAAUUCGCUCCAAACAAAAAAAAAAAAAAAACUCUACUGGUUUGCCAAAAUUGACUACAAAUGAGCGAUGCUAUAUAUAAAAAAUUAAAAAUUCAUCAAGUUUGACCAGAAUCUUCGCGCUGCCUAAAACAAAAACACGUCCAGGUUCAAUGAACCUUGUUUUACCUGGUUCUUCCUCCUUUUUUAUAUUAAGGCCAACGCUUUCUGUCAAUGCAUCUGUAAAAAAAGAAAGAAGAAGAAAUCAAAUCUAUCCAAAAUCUGUCUUUCCGAUUCGAAAUCUUGCUGUGAAGAAAAUGGCAAUGGCAGCAACAGUCUCUUCUUCAGGGAUCACAAGCUCUGCUUUCUCUCCUUCCGUGAUCUCUUCAGAACCCAAAGUAUCACAGAUCGGUUCGUUGAAGUUAUUAGACCGUGUUAGUCUCACAACUCCGAUGUCUCUGAAGAAGCGAUCAUCCGUCAAGCCCUUAAACGCUGAGCCAAAGAGGAACGACUCUAUGGUUCCUCUUGCAGCAACAAUGGUAGCACAAGUCGCAGAGGAAGUAGUAGAGACAGAGGAUUUUGCAGAGCUUGCUGAGAAGCUAGAGAAUGCUUCACCUCUUGAGAUUAUGGAUAAAGCCCUCGAGAUGUUCGGCAACGACAUCGCUAUUGCUUUUAGUGGUGCUGAAGAUGUUGCUCUGAUUGAGUACGCUCAUUUAACUGGGAGGCCUUAUAGAGUGUUUAGUUUGGAUACAGGGAGGUUAAACCCUGAGACGUAUCGGUUUUUCGACGCGGUGGAGAAACACUAUGGGAUUAGGAUUGAGUACAUGUUUCCCGACUCUGUUGAGGUUCAAGGCUUGGUUAGGAGCAAGGGUUUGUUCUCUUUCUACGAGGAUGGUCAUCAGGAGUGUUGCCGUGUGCGGAAGGUGAGACCUUUGAGGCGUGCGCUCAAGGGCUUAAGAGGUUGGAUCACUGGUCAGAGGAAAGAUCAGUCUCCUGGAACCAGGUCUGAGAUUCCGGUUGUUCAGGUUGAUCCGGUUUUCGAAGGUUUGGACGGCGGAGCUGGUAGUUUGGUGAAGUGGAACCCGGUUGCGAACGUUGAAGGGAGCGAUGUUUGGAGUUUCUUGAGGACUAUGGAUGUUCCGGUCAACACAUUGCACGCGGCGGGGUAUGUUUCAAUAGGGUGUGAGCCGUGCACGAGAGCGGUUUUGCCGGGUCAGCACGAGAGGGAAGGGAGGUGGUGGUGGGAAGAUGCUAAGGCUAAGGAGUGUGGACUUCACAAAGGGAACAUCAAGGAGAAUGCUAAUGUAAAUGGAGAGUCAAAACCCGUUGUUGAGGAUAUCUUUAAGAGUGAGAAUGUUGUGGCUUUGAGCAGGCAGGGGAUUGAGAAUUUGGUGAAGUUGGAGAACCGUAAAGAGCCUUGGAUCGUUGUACUCUAUGCUCCGUGGUGUCCCUUUUGUCAAGCCAUGGAAGCAUCGUAUGAUGAAAUGGCUGAUAAACUGGCUGGAAGUGGGGUUAAGGUUGCCAAGUUCAGAGCUGACGGUGAGCAGAAGGAGUUUGCUAAGCAGGAGUUGCAGCUCGGUAGCUUCCCAACGAUACUGGUUUUCCCUAAGAACUCGUCAAGACCGAUCAAGUAUCCGUCUGAGAAGAGAGAUGUUGAUUCUUUGACUUCGUUCUUGAACCUUGUUCGGUAAAGAAACCACAAAAUCAGUCGACAGUUCCAUGAGAAAAAAGAGAUCAAACAAGAACCAUUUCAUCUCGUUCCAGAUUGCUAGAACAGAUGAAAGUUGUUGUCCAGAGCUGUGUUUAAAAUGGCGCAUGGCGCACCAAGGCGAGACGUGCUGAGCCUUGCGCCUCGCGCCAUGGCGCAAUAUGGCGCUCGCCUUGAAGAAAAUUUUAGUUACGUCAUUUUAGUUACGUCUGUUUUGUUUUGUAUUGGAGAAGAAACUUAGAGAACACUUAUGCAAUGAUUGAUAUACUAAAUUUAAAUAAGAUGCAAGCUUUAUUAUA